AUUGAUGAACAGUGGAAGCUACAGUCACAUGCCCUGACARUAAUGAAAACAGGAGAGAGACAUUUUGCUGAAACAUGUGCAGAACAUUUUAUUAAUGUUGCCCAGCAAUGGAACAAUACAAAUAAAGUCAGCACACUUAGCAUGGAUAGUGCAAGAAACAUGGUGGCUGCUGCUAGACAUCUGCCAUUUGAAUACGUACCCUGUGUGGCACACAGUCUUCAACGAUCUGUCACAGUGUCUCUGCAGAACAGUGUGUUUGAAAAUGUCCUGGCCAAAUGCAGAAAAGUUGUGGGCCAUUUUAAACACAGCCCAGCAAAUGCUGCAGAGUUAGAACMACAACAAACUGAACAUGGACAAAAGAAGGAAUCACUCAUUCAAGACGUUCCUACCAGAUGGAAUUCAACACUGAACAKGAUCAAAAGUGUCAUCAGAAAUGAGCAGCUGCUGAGACAAGUCCUUAUCACACACAAGACCAAGAUGUCCAUGCCAACUACAGCUGAAAUGGACAAACUGAAGAGGUUGGAAACACUCCUGGAGCCUUGCAGGUAUGUGACUGAAAUUCUCGGAGGACAAAAGUAUGUUUCCUGCUCUGCUGUCCUACCUGCUUUUUGCCAUCUUUCUCGGGUGAUGGACAGCUCAGAUGAUGAUCCUGCCUACGUGGUCAGUUUCAAGUCUACAUUUAAAGCAGACCUGGAGACACGUAAGCAAAAUGCCAACACUGCAUAUCUGAAGAUUGCUACUGCAUUAGAUCCAAGAUUCAAAGAUCUCAAGAGCAUACCCAGACUUGAGAGGGAUGAGGUGUSGGUCUCAAUCCUUAAUUUGCUUAAAGAAAGCCAGGAUGCUGCAAAGAAACCUUUGGAAGCAACAACAUCAGAGCCACCAAAGAAAAAGUGUGCCCUACUGGCUGCAAAACUCAUUUGA